UACUGCUCCUUUACCGUACAAACUUAAUAUCCUUCCCUUCCAACGCAUCGCCGGCAUUGACCGUUAACCAAUUCUUGGAAAGAAAAGGGGAAAACAUUCAAGAAGAGCAAGCGAGCAAAGGAGGAUCCUAUUUAGUGUCGCCGUGCGUCAGUCAGUCAAACAUUCCCCCCCCCCUUCUUUGACCGGGUAGCGCACCCACCUGCGAAAGACCCCCCCCUCCCCCCAAAUUUCAUUUUCUUUCUGUUUUUGGCUUUUGCUUUUUGGGAAAAGCAAGAAACAAUGAGAAUAUAGAUUCUCAAAACCCCAAAAACACAAAAGAAUUUGAUGAUUUGAUAUCAGUAGUCCGUCCUGCUAAAUUUAGCGGAUCUGCUAAAUUUAGAGGGAUUUUCUGUUAGCCGUUGUUGCCUGAGGCAGUUGGUGGUGGAGGGAGCUAGUGACUCGGCUACUUCGACUUCAGUGAGAGUUUGGGGUUCCGAGUUACUCCCCGAAGAUGAUGAUCUCGAGGGGGCUGUUCGGGUGGUCCCCACCACACAUACAGCCCUUGACGCCCGUGUCGGAGGUAUCGGAGCCACCCGAGUCUCCGUCCCCGUACAUGGACCAGAGCGCUGAUACGGCGGGGCAGCAGGUAGAGCCGGAAGAAGAGAUCGAGGAGCCCGAGGAGAUCGAGCCACCUCCCGCCGCCGUCCCCUUCUCGCGCCUCUUCGCCUGCGCCGACCGCCUUGACUGGGCCCUCAUGCUCGUCGGCUCGCUCGCUGCGGCCGCCCACGGCACUGCCCUCGUCGUUUACCUCCACUACUUCGCCAAGAUCGUCCACGUUCUCAGGAUUGGCCCCGAUAAACACGAAGAGCAGUUCGAGAAGUUUAGGGAGCUUACUUUUACAAUCGUGUAUAUUGCUGUGGGUGUUUUCGCUGCUGGUUGGAUUGAGGUUUCAUGCUGGAUACUGACUGGGGAAAGGCAGACAGCUGUCAUCAGGUCAAGCUAUGUUCAAGUGUUACUUAAUCAAGACAUGAGCUUUUUUGAUACCUAUGGGAACAAUGGGGACAUUGUGAGCCAAGUAUUGAGUGAUGUGCUACUUAUUCAAUCUGCUCUCAGUGAAAAAGUUGGAAAUUAUAUUCAUAACAUGGCUACUUUUUUCAGUGGUCUAGUUCUUGGUUUUAUCAACUGUUGGCAGAUUGCUCUCAUAACAUUAGCGACUGGUCCAUUCAUUGUAGCAGCUGGAGGAAUAUCAAAUAUUUUUCUUCACAGGCUUGCUGAGAAUAUUCAGGAUGCAUAUGCCGAAGCAGCUAGCAUUGCCGAACAGGCAGUCUCCUAUAUUAGGACAUUGUAUGCAUUUACAAAUGAAACAUUGGCCAAGUAUUCUUACGCAACCUCACUACAAGCAACUCUGAGAUAUGGUAUAUUAAUAAGCCUUGUGCAAGGACUUGGUCUUGGAUUUACGUAUGGGCUUGCCAUAUGUUCUUGUGCCUUACAACUGUGGGUUGGAAGGUUCCUAAUUACUCAUGGAAAAGCUCAUGGUGGUGAAAUAAUAACGGCCCUAUUUGCUAUAAUUUUAAGUGGCCUUGGGCUGAAUCAAGCAGCAACAAACUUCUAUUCAUUUGACCAAGGACGAAUUGCUGCCUAUAGACUUUUUGAGAUGAUAAGCCGCUCAUCCUCCGCAGUUGAUCAAGAAGGAAUUACCCCAGUUUCAGUGCAAGGAAAUAUAGAGUUUAGGAAUGUAUAUUUCAGCUAUCUAUCUCGUCCUGAAAUCCCUAUUUUGAGUGGGUUUUAUCUCACUGUACCUGCCAAGAAAGCUGUGGCACUUGUUGGCAGAAAUGGCUCUGGAAAAAGCAGUAUUAUCCCACUCAUGGAGCGGUUUUAUGAUCCUACAUUAGGAGAAGUUCUCUUGGAUGGAGAAAAUAUUAGGAACCUUAAACUGGAAUGGCUAAGAAGCCAAAUAGGACUAGUUACCCAGGAGCCUGCCUUGCUAAGUUUAAGUAUAAGAGACAAUAUUGCUUAUGGACGGGAUGCUCCCUUUGAUCAAAUUGAAGAAGCUGCUAAAAUAGCACAUGCACAUACUUUAAUCAGCUCACUCGAGAAAGGAUACGACACACAGGUGGGCAGGGCUGGUUUAGCAUUAACGGAAGAGCAGAAGAUUAAACUUUCUAUUGCUAGAGCAGUACUUCUAAACCCAUCAAUUCUUCUGCUUGAUGAGGUUACAGGUGGACUUGAUUUUGAAGCUGAAAGAGCUGUUCAGGAGGCUCUGGAUCUUCUCAUGUUGGGACGUUCAACUAUAAUUAUAGCUCGGCGACUUAGCCUUAUAAGGAAUGCUGAUUACAUAGCUGUAAUGGAGGACGGUCAACUUGUUGAAAUGGGUACUCAUGAUGAAUUAUUGACCCUGGAUGGCCUAUAUGCGGAGCUUCUCAAAUGUGAAGAAGCAGCAAAACUUCCUAGGAGGAUGCCAUUGAGAAACUACAAGGAGACUGCGGCUUUCCAAAUUGAAAAGGAUUCUUCUGCAAGUUACAACUUCCAAGAACCAUCAUCUCCGAAAAUGGUCAAAUCGCCCUCUCUCCAGAGAGUUCCUGGCAUAUUUCGUCCCUCAGAUAGCACCUUUGCCUCACAGGAUUCACCCAGAGCUGGGAGCCCACCAGCAGAGAAGUUGCUGGAAAAUGGCCAGCCCAUGGAUGCAACAGAUAAGGAACCAUCAAUUAGAAGGCAGGAUAGUUUUGAAAUGAGACUACCUGAGCUACCCAAGAUUGAUGUUCAGUCUGCACAGAGACAAACAUCAAAUGGUUCUGAUCCCGAAUCCCCUGUUUCACCCCUCUUGACGUCUGAUCCCAAAAAUGAACGUUCACAUUCACAGACUUUUAGCCGUCCACAUAGUCAAUCUGACGACUUUCCUGUUAAAGUGAAGGAAGAAAAAAGUGCACAGAAUCGAGAAGCACCAUCACUUUGGAGGUUGGCAGAGCUUAGUCUUGCAGAGUGGCUUUACGCUGUAUUAGGAAGCACUGGUGCUGCCAUCUUUGGUUCUUUUAAUCCUCUCCUUGCUUAUGUUAUUGCACUGAUAGUGACAGCAUACUAUAGACAUAAGGAAGAACAUGAGGAAGAACAUCACUUGCAGCAGGAAGUAGACAAAUGGUGCUUGAUCAUUGCCUGCAUGGGUAUAGUGACAGUUGUUGCCAAUUUUUUGCAGCACUUUUAUUUUGGUAUCAUGGGGGAGAAGAUGACUGAACGAGUUCGUAGAAUGAUGUUCUCAGCAAUGUUGCGCAAUGAAGUUGGAUGGUUUGAUGAAGAGGAAAACAGUGCUGACACCUUAUCCAUGCGUUUGGCGAAUGAUGCUACAUUUGUGCGAGCUGCUUUUAGCAACCGGCUUUCCAUAUUUGUACAGGACAGUGCUGCUGUUAUAGUGGCUGUUCUUAUUGGGAUGUUGCUACAAUGGCGAUUGGCACUUGUGGCUUUGGCAACCCUACCAGUUCUCACUGUUUCUGCCAUUGCACAGAAAUUGUGGCUUGCUGGAUUUUCAAGGGGCAUCCAGGAGAUGCACAGGAAGGCAUCUUUGGUCCUUGAGGAUGCUGUUCGAAACAUAUACACUGUUGUAGCAUUCUGUGCUGGUAACAAGGUAAUGGAGCUCUACAGGUUGCAACUACAGAAAAUAUUUAAGAAGAGUUUCCUUCAUGGAAUGGCCAUUGGUUUCGCUUUUGGCUUUUCACAGUUUCUACUUUUUGCCUGUAAUGCGCUUCUCCUUUGGUACACUGCAUACUCAGUUAAACAUGGCUUUAUGGACCUACCUACUGCUCUCAAGGAAUAUAUGGUUUUCUCUUUUGCGACAUUUGCACUGGUGGAGCCUUUUGGAUUGGCUCCAUACAUACUUAAACGACGAAAAUCUCUUAUUUCAGUGUUUGAAAUCAUAGAUCGAAUGCCCAAGAUUGACCCAGAUGAUAACUCAGCAUUGAAACCACCUAAUGUUUAUGGAAGCAUUGAGUUGAAAAAUAUUGAUUUCUGUUACCCUACACGCCCAGAAAUGUUGGUAUUGAGCAAUUUCAGUCUCAAAGUCAAUGGGGGACAAACUGUGGCAGUGGUGGGAGUUUCAGGGUCUGGAAAGAGCACCAUAAUAUCUUUGAUUGAGAGGUUCUAUGAUCCGGUUGCUGGUCAAGUCCUACUGGAUGGGCGAGAUCUGAAACUUUAUAAUUUGAGAUGGUUGAGGAACCACCUAGGUCUUGUCCAGCAGGAACCAAUUAUCUUCUCAACGACUAUUAGGGAAAAUAUAAUAUAUGCAAGGCACAAUGCUAGUGAAGCUGAGAUAAAAGAGGCUGCUAGGAUAGCAAAUGCUCACCAUUUCAUCAGCAGUUUGCCUCAUGGUUAUGACACACAUGUGGGGAUGAGGGGUGUGGAUCUGACCCCAGGGCAGAAACAGAGAAUAGCAAUUGCUCGGGUAGUGCUAAAGAAUGCACCCAUCUUGUUAUUAGAUGAAGCAAGCUCAUCAAUUGAAUCCGAGUCAAGUCGGGUGGUGCAGGAGGCUCUAGAUACAUUGAUCAUGGGAAACAAAACAACCAUUCUGAUAGCCCACAGAGCUGCAAUGAUGAGGCAUGUAGACAACAUUGUAGUUCUGAAUGGAGGGCGAAUUGUAGAGGAAGGGACGCAUGAUUCUUUGGUCGCAAAGAACGGUCUGUAUGUCCGUUUGAUGCAACCUCAAUUUGGGAAGGGUUUGCGUCAGCACCGACUUGUCUAGAAUUGGUUUUGUGAUUGGAUUUGGUUCAUCGACAGUUCUCACUCUGCUCAAUUUGAAUUACUGGGAUAUCUAUGCUGAUGUUUUUUUCCCUAUCAUAUUGGUGGUAAUCCAGAUUGGGCAGAGAGAGAAAUGAGACCAAUGUGGCGUGUGACAAUUUUUAUAUUUCAGGGUGAGUGGGUGGGUGUAUCCUGUGGCGGUAGUGCUAGUUACAUUGUUCAAAAGUAGGUUUUAGAAGUAGGGUUUUUGGAGUUGGUUGGCCUUUGAGGAUGUGCUCUCAGGGCUGGAUGCAUAUUCUUUCGGAGGCAAGAGCCAUUAGAUUGGCAUUGUGCUCAGUCUCCUGGGUAUAAUUGAUUUGCUUCUCAAGCAGAAAGUGGGUUUGAAUUAAUUCUAGUUUUACUUUUUCUUUUGAGGUGUUUUUCGUUUUACAUUUUUAUUGAACUUUAACCCUCUCUCUGUCUCCCUCCAGCUUGCACGAUGAAUUUUAUAUCUUCUUGUAAGAUCUACUUCCAUCUGUGAAAAUUGUAGAAAGUUAAAAGAGGUAAAAGAAGUUUGUAACCUUUGUAAAUAGAUACUUAUAAUUUACAAGCUAUUCAUUUUUGCCUGUUU